AUGAAAAGAAUCUUAUUCGGUAAGAGAGCAACUAAACUCGAGUCUUCCGAUCGUCCUUCUACUCUUUAUAAGCCCGGGUCGGUUGUUUUAGGGUCCUUUUAUCGCGAAACAAAAAGAUCAAUUGAAUUUCGUCUUCCUAACGGUCAGAUAGGCGAGUGUUUUAAAGAGUAUCUUAAGGAAGAGUUAUCUUCACUUAAUCUUAAACCAGAAGUUAUCACAAGUAAGUCUUUUUUUAUCAAAGAAUUUAACAAAGAUCUCUAUAUUGAACUUUUGAUUUUAGGAGAUAAGAAUACUAUCUAUGAAUGCACUUUCUUUACCCAAAAGGUUCCCCAACUCAACUCUUUAGUCACUGGAUUUAUCAAGGCUGAAGAAGAAAUGGGGUAUACAGUUGAGAUAGGUAUUCCCACGAAAACAGCUAUCCUUCAAACAGAACAGACGUACUGCAUAGGCGAACUAGCCGUCUUUCAAGUCAAAGCCAUCAACCGAUCAGCUUAUAUUUUAACAGAUAAGAUAGUAAGAGAAGUUUAUGUCGGGGAGAAGAAUGAAAUCUGUCCUGGGAUUCUUUUAAGAACUACAGUUACUGGUCGGCCUAGAUACGUUAUUGGUGAGAAGAAGCCACAACUAACUAAUUUACCUUAUGCCUACUUAUCUGAUGCCUUAGGAGUAUGUAAUCCUAUUUUAGAGAGUAGAGAGCAAUUAGAAGUAGAUGAUGAGUCUUUAGCUAUUAUUGUUUACGUAUCUGAAGAUAGAGAAAAAGUCCAUGCUGUUUCAUUGGAAGAGUAUCAAGCUGGUAUUAAUCAGCGAUUACCAGCUCAAGAUUUAGUUGGACAACUCUUUAUGGCUAAGGUUAGAUCGAUACGUGAUAAUUAUAGUUUGAUAGUGACUCAAAAUGAUGAGGAAGAUAAGCCAGGAAUUAGAGGAUCAAUUAGUGCUGCUCAUUAUUCCGAUCAUUCAACUGAUAAUUCGGCUGCUCCUUUUAAAGAGUCUGAUUAUAUUCAAGUACGAGUUUUUGCCGUUAAAGGCUACUUUGUUUCUUUUACAGCUAAAGAGUCUCUAUUAUCUGCUGUUCUUCCGGUCUUUCCUUUAAGUAAAGGGAGUAUUGUUCCGGCGGUAGUUACUGGGAGUACAAGUAAAGGUAUUGGUUGUGAGACUUUUGGUGGGAGUUAUAUCUCAAUCAAAAAGUUUGAUAAGGAAGAGUUUAAUAUUGGUAAGAUUUAUCAAAUUCAGAUAUCUCAAAAAGGAGAUACUCAGAAUAUGUUCUUAGGCCAUCGAUACUCACCAGAGGAUAGUCCAGUUUUAUCUGAACCGCGCAAACGCAAAGCUACAGUUGAAACUACUGGGAAAAGGAAGAGUCCAAAACCCACUAAACUACCUAAGCUAGAAGCAGUUAAACGGUUUAAAAACGGAGAGAUUGUGGAUGGAGUAAUCACUAAGAUCUAUCAGUACGGUGCUUUUGCUGAAAUUCUACCAGGAUUUGUCGCGCGUAUCAAGAUAGCCGAAGUUAGUUCUAGAUUUGUACCUGAUUGGCAAUCACUACUUCAUCUGAAGCAAAGAGUUAAACUAGUACUUUAUGAAGUAGAUUAUGACCAAGGCCGAGUAGAAGGUUCCAUUAAGAAGUACGAAGUCCUGCAAAUGGUACGUAGUGCCCCAGAAGAACUUACUACUACUCCAGUUGAGCCACUAAGUGCUCCACUAGUCUAUGCCGAGGAAGAGAUUGGUGAGGAAGAGUCAAGUACUGCUUCAGAGGAAGAUGAAGAGUUCCAAAUGGAGUUGUUCAAUAGUAAGAAUGGCGCUGGUCCUUGGACUAAGCGUAUUUAUACCUAUCCUCCCCUUAAAGCCUACAAGUUAUGGCAAAGUUCUUUAGAAGCAACUACUUCUCCUGAAACAAAGAAGGAGACUACUUUAGCUAUGAUUACUGCUUUAGGCCGAUGUUCAGCUGAGAAUUUAUCUCCAUUGAUUUCAAUUGAUAAGAUCUUAGGGGAAGGUUUUAAACGAGAUGGAUCAGUCUUCCUUAAAAAGGCCUUAGAUAACUGUCGUAACUCCAGUAAUUCCCAUCUCUUCUAUACGAUCUGUUUACGGUUUAUUAAAGAGAAGAAGGAGGCGCCCUUUGGGUAUAAGGAAUUACUUUACUAUAGUAUUAAGGAGAACUCAUUAGCCGUAGCUCAGGAGGCAGGUAAUUUGAUUCAAAAUUCGGAAAUGAAAUCUGCUGAUAAGAAAGAAUGUGAGUUGGCUUAUGCGAGUGCUCUUUAUCGCUUAUCUAAAUCGGAGGCUCGUAGUCAUAUUGAGAAGAAGUUAGCUAGUACGGAGAACAAGAUUAAGUCGGAAUGGGCAAUUAAGUAUGCUAAUCUUGAGUCGAGUUCGAUUCAGUCCCCAGCUGAUAUUGCUUAUGCUCGUAAUCUUUUAGAUAAGCUUAUUAGUUCUUUUGAUCUGCCAUUUGUGACGAUCAAAAACCUUUUCAAGACUUAUCUUACCUUGGAGAAGGAGUUCGGAACUAAAGAGCAGGAGGCUAAAGUCCUGGAGAUGGCUAAGCAGUAUGUUGCUCAGCAAGAAUAA